AGCCCGGAAGCAGCGGAAGCGGAUGAGGGAAGCUCGGCCGCGGCCCGUGGGGGCGGUGCAGAGCUGCAGGAGCCUCGGCCUCCUCCCCGUUCCCUGCGCGGCUCUCAUGCGGCGCCGUCGCUGACACCUGAAAUCCACUGCUCGCCGUCCUCCUGGGGAUCACGGGGUUGCUCGGCUUGCCGCCCUCGGCGGUUGCAGUCAUCGUCGUGCGGGCCUGCGGCGGUCACCCAUGGAGAAGAACGGGCGGGGCGGCGAUAGCGCCCCCCGGGGGCCCGUACUGCACAUCGCGGUGGUCGGCUUUCAUCACAAGAAGGGCUGCCAGGUUGAAUUCUCUUACCCGCCCCUGAUUCCAGGAGAUGGACAUGACAGUCACACUCUACCUGAAGAAUGGAAAUAUUUGCCCUUCCUUGCCUUACCAGAUGGCGCACACAACUACCAAGAAGAUACUGUGUUUUUUCACUUGCCACCCAGAAAUGGAAACGGAGCCACUGUAUAUGGUAUCUCUUGCUAUCGACAAAUUGAAGCCAAGGCGUUGAAAGUACGGCAAGCAGAUAUCACCAGAGAGACCGUUCAGAAAAGUGUCUGUGUUCUAAGCAAGCUGCCUCUCUAUGGCUUACUUCAAGCAAAACUUCAGCUCAUUACGCAUGCAUAUUUUGAAGAGAAGGAUUUUUCCCAAAUUUCCAUUCUAAAGGAGCUCUAUGAACAUAUGAAUAGUUCCUUGGGAGGAACUUCAUUAGAAGGAUCCCAGGUAUAUCUUGGUCUAUCUCCUCGAGAUCUUGUGCUUCAUUUUCGACACAAGGUCCUAAUCCUGUUUAAACUAAUUCUUCUUGAAAAGAAGGUUCUCUUUUAUAUUUCUCCAGUGAAUAAAUUGGUGGGUGCCCUGAUGACGGUGUUAUCCCUUUUUCCAGGCAUGAUUGAACAUGGUCUCAGUGAUAGUUCUCAAUAUAGACCCCGAAAGAGUAUGUCUGAAGAUGUUGGGCUUCAAGAAAGUAAUCCCCCUGAAGAUGAAUUUGUUUCUAUGCCUGCUCCUGACAUUUCAAAUACCAACUUGGAAACUGUCGAGAAAAUCAUGAUGAGAAACUAUGGAAGAUAUGCUGCCAUCAAGACUGAAGAACCUUUGUUCCAGGUAGAUGAUGACAACAGUGAAGGACAGGAACCCAAUGACAACAAUCAAUAUUUGAAACCUCCUUCUCGCCCAUCUCCAGAGUCUUCAGAAAGUGACUGGGAGACCUUGGAUCCUAGUGUCUUAGAGGACUCCUCCUUGAAAGAAAGAGAACAGGUGGGAUCAGAACAGACAAACUCAUUUCCAAAGGACUCUUUGCCCUCAGACAGUCCUCCGAUUACUGUACAACCUCAAGCUAACACAGGCCAGGUAGUCCUGAUACCAGGGCUAAUUUCCGGUUUGGAAGAGGACCAGUAUGGCAUGCCCCUGGCCAUCUUCACAAAGGGAUAUCUGUGUUUGCCUUAUAUGGCAUUGCAGCAACAUCAUCUUCUCUCUGAUGUCACCAUUCGAGGAUUUGUUGCUGGAGCUACUAACAUCCUUUUUCGACAACAGAAACACCUCAGUGAUGCCAUUGUGGAAGUAGAAGAAGCUCUGAUCCAGAUCCAUGAUCCAGAACUCAGGAAGCUGCUUAACCCAACCACUGCAGACCUAAGGUUCGCAGAUUACCUAGUGAGGCAUGUGACCGAGAACCGGGAUGAUGUCUUCCUGGAUGGCACGGGCUGGGAGGGAGGUGACGAAUGGAUUCGAGCCCAGUUUGCAGUCUACAUCCAUGCACUGCUGGCCGCCACACUGCAGUUAGAUAAUGAAAAGAUCUUAUCAGACUAUGGGACGACCUUUGUUACAGCAUGGAAGAACACUCACAACUACAGGGUCUGGAACAGCAACAAGCAUCCAGCACUUGCAGAAAUAAAUCCGAACCAUCCUUUCCAAGGCCAGUAUUCAGUGUCAGACAUGAAGUUAAGAUUCUCACAUUCUGUUCAAAACAGUGAACGUGGCAAAAAACUUGGAAACGUCAUGGUCACAACGAGUCGGAAUGUUGUGCAAACAGGAAAAGCUGUUGGCCAAUCAGUUGGAGGAGCUUUUUCCAGUGCAAAGACAGCCAUGUCUUCAUGGCUUUCUACUUUCACCAGUUCCACUCCACAGAGUCUCACUGAGCUGCCUGACGGGAAACCCUGAGUGGAGCAAGCCACCCAGAAGCUGCUGUCGCUUUCUUAGGUUUAAGCGUCCCCUGUCUGUCUGCUGCUCCCAGACUGUUCCUCUUCAUCGACCACAGGUCCACAGCAGGGACCGACAGGUCAAACUGUUUACAUGGAUGGUUGCCCUCUGUGUAAAUGAAUGUCAUGGGAUGCUGAAAAGACAAAACCACAAACGUGGCAGGGACGGCUUCCCAGGUUGGGGUUUAAAUUGACUACUUUUAUUUCAGUCUGAGCCUGAUUGAAACGCAGUGAACGUUCUAGUGAAUUUUGAGUUCUGAUAGUAUACAUUUGUUUACUUUAGAAAAGUUUUUACUUCGUGUAAAUUUUGUUCUGUUGUUGCUGUUUGAAUAUCCAGAUGGAUGUUUAUAUGUGCUAAGAUUAAGUUAUAUUACUAUUUUAAUUUCUCUAAAGUGGGCCCUAAAAUGUGCUUACAUUUAACAGUAAGGGGCCAUAUAAACCAGCCCUUCAUUAUUAUCUUGCUGAAUUAUAUGAGGAUUUUUUGUUUGUUGGUUUUCUACCUACAAAACACAUUUAUCACUUCACUUCCUCCUAGAAACCGUGGAAGUCAGAGGUGGUAGUUCUGAGGAUGGAGUGUUUUGUUUUGUGCUUUUAAUUUAUUCUUUCCCAAUCCUAAGCACUUGCUUUGAGGUGUCAAGGUGGGUCACUGUGCUUUCUUCCUUUUCCUAAUUGUUCAAGUAGAUGUGCAAAGAAACAGCAUGGUGACGGUUUUAGCAGUGUUCAAGCAGUUUAACUGAGUGUGUAUUUAGGGCAAGACUUUUAAAGAUCUAGUUGUUAGUUCUAUUGACUGUAGUAAUGUUGCAAUCUUUACAUGCAUUUUUUAACCCAAAGUUUGUGCCUUCUAUUUCUUCUUUUGAACAGUUUUCCAUUGGGUGUUUACAGACUUACAGGUUUUUUCUUAGUCUUAAUCUUCAUAAAGCUUUUCAGGGCGCUUGGCCUUCCUACUUCCCUGAUAGAAAAUCCUCGUGUAAUCAGUCUCUACCCCCUUCCAAAAGUAUUUAUGAAAGAAAAGCAAGAUGAUCUGUAAAUAUUAAAUAGAAAUCUCAUCUUGGCUCACAUUUAGAAAAGCAAGAGAAGAAAACUACAGCCAUGACAUCAGUCAUGUUUCAUGAAGGACACCUGGGUUCAUUUUAGACACAGGUGUACUCACUACUGAAGAUUUUUACACAACUAGACCUCAUGUGGCUGCUAGGCUCAGCUCUCAUUUGCUUUUCAAGGGGACUUUGGCUGGGUGUUCUCAGGGAGUACUUACAGGCGACAGACUGCUUUUUCAGUAACAAAAGAUACUUGGAAAAUACAUCAUGAGUAUAAUCUACAUUUGAUAUAAAGAGUAUUGAGAAAAUCGGGGACCUAAUUAGGGAGGACGCUUGAUUCUAUUUGAUUUAUCCUUUAAGAAAUGUUUGUGUAAGAAGCACUACUAAGGCAUGUGAAAUGAAACAUAGGGACAUAAUCUAAAUAUCCCUAAAAUUUCCAAUUUGUGUUUUAACACAAGUCCUGCACACCUAAAAGCGUACUUCCCUUUGAGUAUAAUAACUCAAGGUAAAGGGCUUAUUGUGAGAACUCUGUUAAUUCCACUUCUAGGAAAGUUUGCUUUCUCAGGAAAUACUAUUUGAAGAGAAGAAAGUAGUACCAAACAAAACUUUAAAAGGUACUUUAAAGUUGCACUGAGACUAACAUCUUAUUGUUUCGUGAGGCCACAUUGUUGGGUAGAGUGUGAUAGCGUAUCGGGGCUCAGUUGCUACUCUCGACUGCCGGGCUGUUCACGGCGCUAAGAGUGCUGUGAGUGGUCAGCCAGCAUGCUGCUGGUUCCUCCUUUCGUUUAUAUGGCUUGUAUGAUUGGGGUGAAUUCUCAUCUCUCACUAUUCAAAGAAGUCCAAUCCACUUUGGAAUCCCACUGAAAUAAAACAAGUUACAUAAUACUUAACUUUGCUUUAGUAUCACUUACCCCCUAUUUUAUAUACACCUUAAUGGAACUUUCUAUUUAUGUUUCUGGUUAAGAGUUCAACUCUUAUUUACAGUGGUCAUUUAACUGACUUUCAACAUAAAGUGAGUAUUUCAGAAGAUAGAACUUUUGUCAUAGAAAUGGUCAAAAGACCAUAACUCUGUUUCCUUCAGGUUCUAGAAGGUAUGGGCAUCUUCAGGGAGUGCAGGCUAUUACAUUGUUGCUGGGGGGCCCUGGGGCAGCCAGCACAGUUGCAGGCAGGAAGCCUGGCCCCUGGUCCCGGGAGCCUACGUGCUUCAAGUUUGGGUUCCAGCCUCCAGCCCAGCAUCCAGCCUGGAAGCAGUAGCCUCCUCCAGCCACUGGCUCUGUGAGUGGAGCCAACACUGGUGUGGCUGUCUUCGGACAAAUCACUGGAAAAGGUAUGUGCUUUGCUUGGCCAGUGUUUUUGUCUGAGAACUGAGUGCGUUUAUGUAGGCCCGAGGGAGCUAGGGUCAGCCAGGCUUUUUCAGAGUGUGCCAGGCAACACAGACUGCAUCCAUAGCUUGGUGGAGACCUCGCUCCUGUCCAGAUGACUUAAAAAGAGUGUUUGGAAAAAGUCCCUGGUGUGCUUUAAUUCCUACUAGGCACUGUAAAGACGAUGACAUAGGUAAAGGAAAGAGUGUUAAAGCUGGCCCAAGUGUCCUGAGUUAAGUGAAUAGGAAAAGUUGCCUGUCACAGUACGGCUUAGGGUUAUUUUGCACCUGCAUUUAUUUGGCUCACAUAACCAGUAUGAAUAGUCUAUCUCCAAAUCCGUUAGUGAUUUACUAGCCCCCAGGCCCUAAAAUACAAUUCUCUUCUACUUUUUUUUUUUGCGGUACGCGGGCCUCUCACUGUUGUGGUCUCUCCUGUUGCGGAGCACAGGCUCCGGACGCGCAGGCUCAGCGGCCAUGGCUCACGGGCCCAGCCGCUCCACGGCAUGUGGGAUCCUCCCCGACCAGGGCACGAACCUGUGUCCCCUGCAUAGGCAGGCAGACUCUUAACCACUGCACCACCAGGGAAGCCCCUCUCUUCUACUUUUUGCUUUAAGAAGCACAGCAGCUAUAUCUUUGGGCAGCAAACCGGAGCAUAUGAUGUGAUUUCCUCAACCAUAUCUUGCUUUCCAAGUCCUAUAUUAAGCAUUGGGUUUUUUUUGUUUGUUUUUGUUUUUAGAAUAAUUUACUUAGAAAGGCAAGGAGAAAACAAAUUAGGAAGGGAGAGGUGAGAAGUUGCAAAGCCGAGAGACAAAGUCCUUUAAAAUCUGAAUGAAAGUACUUUGAGAGCAGUAUUUUUUUUUCUUUUGGUAUAAAUUUAUUUAUUUUUGGCUGUGUUGGGUCUUUGUAGCUGCGUGCAGGCUUUCUCUAGUUGCGGCGAGCGGGGGCUACUCUUCAUUGCGGUGCGUGGGCUUCUCAUUGUGGUGGUUUCUCUUGUUGCGGAGCAUGGGCUCUAGGAGCACGGGCUUCAGUAGUUGUGGCAUGUGGGCUCAGUAGUUGCGGCUCGCAGGCUCUAGAGCUCAGGCUCAGUAGUUAAGGCGCACGGGCUUAGUUGCUCUGCAGCAUGUGGGAUCUUCCCGGACUAGGGCUCAAGCCCAUGUCCCCUGCAUUGGCAGGCUGAUUCUUAACCACUGUGCCACCAAGGAAGCCUGAGAGCAGUAUUUAAUAUGCUAAAGGUUAUAAGAAUUCUUUUAUGAAGAACUUAGAUUUUUCAUCUGCUAGCUACAACUUUUAAAAUGAGGCUUUAACUUUAUCUCCCUGGCAGGCAGUUUUUGUUUUUAAUUUGUUUUAUGGAAGUUACAGCCAGUGGUCCUUUUCCCUGAGGCCUGGUGAUGAGUUUCGGAGCACCCAGCCCUGUAAGGGGCCAGUGGACUUACCCUGAACUCCUUGAACUUUUAUCUGCUUCAGCAGUUUGGGAAAGUAGCCUGUUAGGCUGGUAGCCGGUAAGUGUUGCCUGUUAUUUUAUCAGGGAGUUGGUUGGGACUCUUGAGAUGGCAUUGACAUUUGCAUGCUCUGAUUGUUUGACCAGAGGUGGCACGUCAUUCAUGGCCUUUCCACCCAGUUCUGUGGUAGCCUCUAAACAUGAUAGGGAAUGCAGCCCUAGUUUCUAGAAGAUGAUUGUCAUGCCAUGUAGCUCAGCGUGCCACUACGAGUCUUUUCAUUCCAAGUCUUUGGACUUCAUAACAUUGGAAUUGUUUUUUCAUUAUUUCCAACAUUCCAUAAAUAUUUGUCAAGGACAAAGAAAAGGAAUGUGGAUCUUUAUUCUUCUCAUAUAAAUAACUUUGUACACAUGACUUCCUGCUUUCAUAUGAAGGAGAAGAAACUAGCUCCCUUGUAUGGCAGCUCCAAAACUAAAAGAUUGUUGGACGUAUAAGGGGUUGAAUAUAUUUUGUAAAAUGCUAAUGUAUUUGUAUCUCUGUGCUGUUCUAAAGAUUACCUUUUUACUUAUAUUAAUUAAAGAUAUAGAAAAUAUAUAUUUAAAUCAUGUUAAAUGGGACACAACUUAGGGAUUUUCCUCAAUCUUAUUUUUCAUCAGCUUCUCACACUCAUGUAGUAUGCUGCUCAAAUUUUUUUGUGUGCAAUAUGAAUAUUUGAACAUUUCAGUCAGGUACUGAGCCAGAAAAGGUAAUUGAAGUUUUUAGAAAACUUACGUGCUUAGAAAAUAUAUUGUUUUCUUGAAAUAUUAAUAAUUUAUAGCUGGAAAUAUAGGAUCAAGACUUGUUUCAGGCCACUUGAUCACUGGUUCCUAAAUUUAGGAAGCAUAUGAUUAACAAGUUGGUGAAAGCAUUUAGUGGGUACAGGAAUAGUUUAAAUACUUGAGAUUAAAGGUUUUCCACACACCCCGUUCUAAGAAAGUUUAGCUUAGAAAUCUUAGAAAGUUUUCUUAGGAAGUUUAGAGCUAUGGUACAUGUUUUUGAUCAGAAAGGUAGUUUCUCUUUGCUCUAGUAGUUUUAUAAUUUGUACUAGUCUUUUGUUUCUGUUGUCAUUUGUUUUUUAAAAAAUGUUAAAAUUAUA